AUGCUCUACACGGUGAGCAAAGUGAAAUUUUCACGGCAAGAUGCUGUGUAUAAAGAACGUUGUAAUGAUAAAGAUGUGAAACAAAAUGACUAUAGUUAUUUAUUCGGUGUAAUUUCCACAAUAUCUAUUGUACUAUACCUGUAUUCACGUUAUCUACCUCAUGCAAAUGUAGAAACAAUUACUUUUCAUGAACAGUAUCCAUCCUAUAUUCCAAUAGUUGAGGAUGUACAUGCAAAAAAUUCUGCUGUUGAUAGUAUAAAUUAUUUUGCCCAAUUUUUAUUUCAAGAACUUAAAGAUACUUCACGUCUAAGGAGGUACAUCUUACGUAAACUUAACAUAGAAUUCGAUGAAUUGAAAAGUAGUCGUAUUGGAAAAUUAUUUCUUCAAGAUAUUCAGAUUCAAAAUUUUAGUGAGGAACAAACAUGUCUUGGUGCUAGUUGUCCAUUUUUUAGCGAUAUAAAAUUAGAACAUUCUGAGCGUGAUGAACGCGGUUUAAUCAAGGAAUUUGUCGCAAUAUUUGACGCUGUUUAUAAAGAAGGCUUUUGUGUUACAGUCAAUAUUACACUUAUGUUUGGAAAAAAAUGUUCACUCUACAUUAAAAUCAAACGUAUUGAAGGUCAAUUACGAUUAAAUUUCAAACGUGAACCAUAUACACAUUGGACUUUAGUUUUUAAACAGUUACGACGUGCUAUUCGUCGAAAACAAACAUGGCCAAAUUACAAAAUACGUUAUAAACCGUUUUUUCCAUUAUCAAAACAAUCAGCAUAUUCUGAUGAACACACAUCAGAUGAAAAAUAUCCCAUAUCAGGCACGUAUGAAAUAACGAUCAAAAACUGUAAUCGUCUAACAAUCCCAAGUAUGUUAGAGAAUCGACCAUCAUAUGUUACAUUAAUUUUAAAUGAAAAACCUUGGCAAGACAUUUUAUUUGAAAAACGUGAACUUUGGCCGACAAAAGAAAUUGAAUUUGCUCGUCAAAGUGGACGUAAAAUAAUUUUAAAAGAAGUUCAAUAUAUGAAUAAUGCAGAGAUUAUAUUGGAUGAAAUUGAACCGAAACCAGAUGAAAUGAAAGAUGAUGAUGAUUUAAUCUUAGCUAUCGAGCAGCAAAAUGCUGUUUUAAUGAAAAUACAAGGAGUGGAAUUCAAAACUCUUAAGCAAGCGUAUCGUUUAUUGAAAAAUAAACCGAGUCUACCAGUUGAUUCACAAAAAAUAACAACAAAUGAGAACAGUGACAAUAAAAUUAAACUAUUAAUCGCUAUACCACGAUUGAACAUCACACGUUUGAUGAUGCCUCCGACAACUCCUACAGAUAAUUCAAUCGUUGAUGAAUCCAAAAUUCUGAAUACUACAGUAACUUCUGGAAAAGAUGAAUUAAAUAAACCAUCUUACGAAACUCUAUAUCAACGUACUGUUCCUUCAACUGGUUUGCAAUAA